UGGUGGUUGCUGGCACAGGGGUUUGACACACACACACACACACACACACACACACCCUCCCUCUCCCAUCCCCAAAGGGCAAGACUCACCCUCAAGAUUACUGUAUAAGAGGACAGUCCUGGGCUUAAAGGCAUGAUCAUCUUCAGGACAACUCUUGGUUUCCUGCAGUGUCCUCUCUGGGUUCAUCUCAUCUCUGCAUCAAUCCACCAUAUUUCGUCCUCUGAAGCUCCCGGGAUCAUGCCUGAAAAGUCUCCACAAAAAGCCUACAGCAUGUAUGGCAGUGGUUUUGGAGAAAGCACUCGCAUAUCUUCCACUUCUGUUCGGCAGAGUGGCUGCUACCCAGAUAUGCAGUCCAGAAUUGGAGGGGGAUAUGGUUAUGGUGGAAUGAAUAGUGGAGGAUACGGUGGAGGAUUUGGUGCUGGGAUCAUGGCUGGAGGCAGCUAUGGAGGGGAUGUUGACUACGUCCAGCUGAACGAGAAGGCCACCAUGCAGAACCUGAAUGACCGUCUGGCUGCUUACCUGCAGAAGGUGCGCUCUCUGGAGGCUGCUAAUGCCAAUCUGGAGAAGCAGAUCCGCGACUUCUAUGAGAAGAAGGGGCCCGCUGCACUGAGGGACUACAGUGCCUACUGGAGCACCAUCAAGGACUUGAAGGAAAAGAUUAAAACUGUUACUGUCAACAACGGCAGCAUUCUACUGCAGAUCGACAACUCUAAGCUAGCUGGUGAUGACCUCAAGUCAAAAUAUGAGCAUGAGUUAGCUAUGAGGCAGUGUGUGCAGGCUGACAUUGUUAAUCUGCGUCAAUUGUUGGAUCAGAUGAAACUGACAAAGGUCGACCUGGAGAGCCAGAUCAAAAGUCUGCAGGAAGAACUGGACUUCAUGAAAAAGAACCACGAAGAGGACAUGGUAGCACUGAGGUCUCAGCUGACAGGCUCAGUGAAUGUGGAGGUUGAUGUUGCACCUCAGCAAGACCUCAACAAGGUUUUGGAGGAAAUACGUUCUCAUUACGAGGCCAUCAUAGAGAAACACCGCAAGGAACAGGAAGUCUGGUUUAAUGAAAAGACGGCACAAUUGGGCAAAGUAGUGGCCAUCAGCACAGAGACCAUACAAACCUCUAAGUCAGAGAUCUCAAAUCUGCAAAAGACCUUGCAAAGCCUGGAGAUCGAGCUACAGUCUCAACUCAGCAUGAAAGUGUCAAUGGAGAGCUCGCUGGCAGACACAAAGGCUAGAUACAGUGCUAUGCUAGCAGGCUUCCAGAAACACAUCAAUAUGUUGGAAAGAGAGCUGCAUCAGUUACGGGCAAGCAUUGAGCAACAUGGUCUAGACUAUGCAGCACUGCUGGACAUCAAGAGCCGCCUGGAGCAGGAGAUCGCCACCUACAGAAGCCUCCUGGAAAAUCUAGACUUUAAGACUCAAGUGCAAGGUGGACCUCCGAAUGUCUCCUCAGGCAGACCUGCAAAUGUCUCCUCAGGCGGACCUCUAAAUGUCUCCUCAGGUGGAUCUUCAAGUGUCUCCUCAGGUGGAUCUCAAAAUGUCCCCACUGGUGGACCAGCGAUCCCGAUAAAGCAGACCACCACCACCACAAAUCGUACUUACUAAAAAUUGAAGACAAAGCUGACUGCUUUGUGAGACAAUAUCCAAACAGACACACACAUAGUUUUAAAUGUGUGUCCAAUAUGUCAGCCAUUAUAGAGCUGUUCAACUGUGACGUCAAUUUGUAGGCGAACCCGGAAGUCUAAUUUGCCAUGGGUUCCCUAUGGAUUUUCCUAUGGGUCUCUAUAAUGGGUUUUUGGACUUAUGAGUAAAGUAAGGUCUGUGGUAAACAUAACUUGAUGAUAUGGACGUUUUGUUCAGCAACAUAAAUUACACACUGUCAUACCUCAAAUGUGAAUUUUGAAAAAGUAUAUAAUUCAAUACAGCUUCAAAAUUCAUGUUUGAGGUAUGACUGUGUGUAAAUUAUGUUGUAGAACAAAACGUCCACGUUUCAUCAAUUAAAUGUUUACCACAGACCUUAAUUUUCUCAUAUGUUCAAAACCCCAUUAUAAAACCCAUUGGAAAAUCCCUUACGGUUUUUGGACUACAAGCUGAACAGCUCUAUUAAAAGAAAACUAGUUGACACUCACUUUUUUUGUGAAGAAACCCCUUUCUCUGAAAAUAAAAUAGCUACAAAAAAUACCUCU